CAUUUGUAUAAUGGCGACUACAACAGAGCCUAAAAAAUCUAAAUAUCGAUUUCAAACUGAAAUUCAACAAAUGAUGUUUGUCUUUGGUGAAGUAUCUGAUCCUUUACAAGAAACGACGAUGCUCGUGGAAGACAUUGUUCGAUCUCAAGUGAUUGAAAUUAUUAUACAAGCAGCAGCACAAGCCAAUCGUAGGAAUUCAAGGUACCUGAGUGCAGAGGACAUUCUCUUUUUAAUACGACACGAUCGUGCCAAGGUCAAUCGACUACGUUCAUUUCUAAGUUGGAAAGAUGUUCGAAAGAAUGCAAAGGAUGCAUCAGGAGAACAAGUAGAAGAUGUUGUAGAAGAGACAAAUACGGCAGGUAAACUUCAUAGAAGUAUUAUCAAGCUUCCUUGGGAACUUAUCAACCAGUUUUCGGAUGCUAUUAUAAAGUCAGUCAAUGGUGAAGACGAAUCAGAGGACGAAGAUGAACUAGAAGCUUAUAACGAUUCUGCUCAGCGACUUAAAGAAGCUGAUGAAGUGACACGAGCAAUGACAAAAGAAGAAUAUGUACAUUAUUCAGAGUGUAGACAGGCAUCAUUCACUUAUCGUAAAAGUAAAAAGUUUCGAGAUUGGGCUAAUAUGAGCGCAUUUGUUGAGGUGAAACCGAAUGACGAUAUUGUCGAUAGUUUGGGUUUCUUGACAUAUGAGAUGGUGUCCAAGUUAACACUGACAGCAAUCAAGAUCAAACGAGACAUGAUGGCAGCAGCGGGUGAGCAGGAAGACGAACCAGUGGGCCUUGGUCAUAAAAGAAAACGAGAGCAAGAGAAUCAAAAAAGCGUAAAGAGGACAGAGUCAAGUUUAUCCAAUGAUGGUAUUUCCAUUAUAGUAACAUCUGCUGAUGGGACAACAGCAACAACAACAACAACAGAAUCAAGCCCUGGUUCUGAAAAAGAACAGAAUCCUAGUUUUGAUGCUGAUAACCAAGGCUUAUUUAUGCCGUCCAGAUCGGAGCAGACUCCUUUAUUACCUGAACAUAUUCACGAAGCGUUUCGAAGGCUUCAACAGGUACCUCAACCAUUAAAGAACUUUCGUGGAGGCUUGGUGAGAACAAAGAUUUCACUGAUAUAA